AUGAAGGCUACUCAGUCCAUUCUCACCACCCUUCUCGCUGCGUCAUCUGUCAUCGCAGCUCCCGCCCGGACAAUCCAGUCGGCGGAUAUUCUCAAGACGAAGGCUGAUCUCCAGGCUCAGUUCGACCCGGCUCCCGUUCCCAAAUGGACUAUCGAAGGCACACAGCGCACUUGUGCCGAAGACGAUAGCUCUUGCACAUGGCAUUUCCUUAUCAAUACUCACGUCGCCAGCAAGACUGACGUGAACUUCAUCGUUAAUGGGCCGGGAGCCUCCCACAACAACGGUGGCCCACAGAACUUUGGCGAUUUCACAGUUACAUCUGGGUAUGACCCAGCUGGAUUCACCACCUUCUCUGCGGUCGACAACAAGGACGGCCUCAUUGCCUUCCCUGCCUACAAUGAUGCCGAAAUUGCCGACGGACAAAUUCCAGCGGACCGCGACUACGAUGUUUACUACUUGAACUAA